AUGGCUGCAGCAAUUCCCACUAUUCUCUCAUCUCUUUCUCUACCAACUCAAGAACCAACCAAAAACAUCUCCAAUCCAGCUCCUGGACCAACCAGUAUAGUUUCCUUGUUAAAAUCUUGUUCUAAUAUCAGAGACUUCACUCCACUUCAUGCACACAUGAUCACCACAAACCUCAUUCAUGAUCCUAUCACGGCCAGCCAUGUCUUACGUUUUUUCCUCUCAAUUGAAAAUUUGUGUUAUGCUCAUCGUGUCUUUAGUCACACCCAAGGGCCAGAGACCAUUAUUUGGAAUACCCUUAUUCAGAAUUACCUCAAAAAUGAUUCUCCGAAACAAGUUUUCUCGACUUACUCUGACAUGGUUACUCAUGGGGUGGCAUUAGAUGUAUCCACUUUUCACUUCUUAAUUCAUGCUUGCUGUAAAACUUUGGCCUUUCAAAAAGGAAUUGAGGUACAUGGCAGAGUUCUGAAGUCUGGGAUGGGAAGGAAUAAGUCAUUGAAUAACAAUUUGAUGGCUUUGUAUUCAAAAUGUGGAAAGCUUGAUGAAGUCCGGCAGGUGUUCAAGAAAAUGCCUCAUAGAGAUGUCAUCAGUUGGAAUACCAUGAUUUCAUGUUAUGUACAGAUGGGAAUGCCAGAAAAGGCUUUGAAUCUGUUUCAAGAUAUGCAAUUUGAUGGAGUUGCUGCCGACAAUAUAACCAUGAUCAGCUUACUUUCAGCUUGUUCGAAACUGAGAGAUUUGGAAACUGGAGAGAAGCUGCACCUCUAUAUUAAGAGAAAUUGUUUGGAGAUUGGUGGAAAUUUGUUGAACUGCCUGGUGAAUAUGUAUAUAGAAUGUGGGAGAAUGGAUAAAGCACAUGAGAUUGUGACUAGAAGCAAGACUGGUAAUGAUGUUGCUUUGUGGACUAGUUUGGUUGGAGGGUAUAUGAAGUCCAUGAAAAUACAUGCAGCUAGGUGUGUGUUUGACCAUAUAACUGAGAAGAACAUAAUUUCAUGGAUGACCAUGAUUUCCGGUUAUGUCCAGGGAGGUCACUACAACGAAAGUCUACAGUUAUUCAGAGAAAUGAGGCUUCAAAAUGUGAUGGUAGAUGAAGUUCUUCUCGUGACAGUACUUUCGGCAUGUACUCAUGUGGAAGAUUACAAAUUAGGAAAAUCUAUACAAAGCUUGGCGGUGAGGUGUGGGAUAAUGGCUGAAGGACUUCUUGGAAAUGCUCUGAUUCACUUUUAUGCAAAAUUUGGUGAACCAAAAGAGGCUCAGUUGAUCUUUGAGCAGUUGCCUAACAAAAGUACUGCCUCCUGGAACUCGAUGCUGGAUGCAUUUUGCAGAAAUGGAGAGCUCGAAAAUGCAACACUCUUCUUUGGUAAGAUUCCGAACAAGGAUAUCAUUUCAUGGAACACCAUGAUCAACUGCUCCUCUAAAUACAAUCGAUCUGGAGAAGUGUUCAGGCUCUUCCAGGAAAUGCAGUGUUCUGCGACUAUCAGGCCGGACAAGCUUACUUUGAUCAGCUUGCUAUCAUCCUGUGCCAGUGUUGGAGCACUGAGUCAUGGCAUUUGGACCCAUGUCUACAUUCAGAAGAAUAAUAUCAAGAUAGAUAACAUGUUGGGAACUGCUUUAAUAGACAUGUACGGCAAAUGUGGGUGCAUUAAAAAAGCUCAAGAAUUAUUCUCUGCUUUGACUGACAAAAAUGUAUACGUGUGGACUGCCAUGAUAGCAGCACAUUCCAUGGAGGGGCGAACCAGUAAGGCUAUAGAUCUUUACAUGGAGAUGGAAGCUGCAGGAAUAAAGCCAGAUCAUAUCACUUUCAUAGCCCUUUUAUCUGCUUGUAGUCACGGAGGCUUAGUCAAUGAAGGGCUCUCAUAUUUCAACCAAAUGAGUAAAUUUCACAACAUUACACCUAAUGUACAGCAUUUCGGUUGUAUAGUUGAUCUCCUAAGCCGAGCAGGGCAACUAAAUGAGGCUCUGAAAUUUAUCGAAAUGAUGCCUGUUAAACCAGACAUCUCCAUAUGGAGCUCUUUGCUGAGAGCAUGUAAAAGCCAUCAAAAUGUCCACUUAGCAGAGUAUGCAUAUCAACAACUCAUAGAAUUGGACCCUCUAAAUGUUGCAGCUUAUGUUCUUCUUUCCAAUACUUACGCAAAAGCUGGUAGAUGGGAUGACGCAAGCCGUACGAGAAAGAAGCUUUUCGAUUUAGGAGUUAAGAAGACGCCGGGAUGUAGUCUGAUAGAAGACGAGGGAGUUAUGCAUGAAUUUACAACUGCGGAUUUCUCAAGCCCCCACUCAUCAAAAAUCUACUCCUUGCUGGAUAAGAUGAAAGGCAGGUUUGAAAAACUAGGACUGCAAGAAACAUCUGCUCAUCAUAGCGAAAGGUUAGCUGUGGCUUUUGGUUUAAUAAGCAACUCUAGAACAACCCUUAUUCGUGUUGUGAAUAAUUUGAGGAUGUGUGAAGAUUGCCACUCGGCCAUGAAACUUUUAUCUCAGGCCUUCAACAGAGAAAUUGUCAUUAGGGAUAACUAUAGAUUUCACCGUUUUGUUAAUGGAAGUUGUUCUUGUAAAGACUAUUGGUAA